GCUAGGGAUUGCUAAUCCAUCAAUCCUUUCAGUUGAAAAAUUUCUCAGUUUCUCAAUUGCGGAUGGGAUUACGUUACAUUCGUUCUCUCAAUUGAUUCAAGAUGGUUUUCUCUUCUCAGGUAAGUAAAGGAAGAAUGGAUGGGAAAAUUCAUACAUGAAGAUUGGUUAUUGAUGAAUUAAGGUGUUUCAUAGAUUAGAUGGGGUUGAUGCUGUGAUUUUCUGGUUGACCAGAAUUAUUGUGAUUGAGAUCUGCUAAUGAAGAGUUUCAUAAACCAUUCUCUGUACAUUUUGACUUUUGAGCAUAUCUUGUAACAAGAAACAAUUCCAGAUUGAAAAAUUGUCCUGUAAUUUUGUAAAUAACGCAACAUUCCGGUAUUAGUAUAUUGUUUCCAACAACUUUGGUUGCAAUUUGGUAUUCUGAAUUGAAUUAAGACUUGCUCUAAUUCCUCCUCCUACCUUUAAAUAUAUAAUUGCAUUUUGUGGGGAAUUUGUAGAUUUCAUUCGGUUAUAUUUGGGGAAAGAGAAAGACUUGAACUUUUUGAUUCUGGUUGCUUGAUCACCUGAAUUCUGAGAAACUCUUCGUUAGCUGUCAACAAUGGAGGGCUUAGCACAACUGGAAGCGUUGUGCGAAAGGCUUUACAAUUCACAGGACUCUGCUGAACGAGCUCAUGCAGAGAAUACUUUGAAAUGCUUUUCAAUGAACAUGGAUUACAUUUCACAAUGUCAAUACAUUCUGGACAAUGCCUUGUCUCCUUAUGCCUUGAUGCUGGCUAGUUCAAGCUUGUUGAAGCAAGUGACAGAGCAGCGCCUCCCUUUGCAGCUACGGCUUGAUAUUCGAAACUAUCUCAUAAACUAUCUGGGCACCAGAGGACCUGAUUUGGAGCCUUUUGUUAUUGGAUCCCUAAUUCAACUGUUUUCUCGAGUUACAAAGUUUGGGUGGUUUGAGGAUGACAGCUUCAGGGAAGUCGUCAAAGAGUCCAUGAAGUUCUUGAAUCAGGCUACAUUUCAUUAUGCUAUUGGCUUGAAAAUUUUGAAUCAGCUUGUUGUUGAAAUGAAUCAGCCAAAUCCAGGAUUGCCUUCUACCCAUCAUCGUAGGGUGGCUUGCUCCUUCAGGGAUCAGUCACUUUUCCAAAUCUUUCAAAUAUCGCUGACUUCCCUAUGUCAACUUAAAAAUGAUGCUGGAAGCAAGUUGCAAGAAUUGGCACUUUCAUUGUCACUCAAAUGCUUAUCAUUUGAUUUUAUGGGGACAUCAUAUGAUGAAAGCUCAGAUGAUUUUGGUUCUAUUCAGAUUCCAUCUUCGUGGAAGCCAGUCAUUGAAGAUUCCUCAACACUGCAGAUCUUUUUUGAUUACUACGCUAUCACUAAACCUCCUCUUUCUAGGGAGGCUUUGGAGUGCUUGGUACGCCUGGCUUCUGUAAGAAGAUCCCUCUUCACAAAUGAUAGUACUCGCCUUAAAUAUUUAGCUCAGCUAAUGUCAGGAACCAAGGAAAUUUUGGAAAUGGGGAAAGGUCUUGCUGAUCAUGAUAAUUACAAUGAGUUUUGCCGUCUUCUUGGGCGCUUCAAAGUGAAUUACCAGUUGUCUGAGCUGGUGAACAUGGAUGGAUAUAGUAGUUGGAUAAGCAUGGUGACAGAGUUCACAUUGAAGUCUCUGCAAUCAUGGCAGUGGGCAAGCGGCAGUGUGUACUACCUUCUUGGGCUGUGGUCUAGAUUGGUGACAUCUGUACCAUACUUGAAGGGCAAUGCACCAAACCUUCUAAAUGAAUUUGUCCCUAAAAUCAUAGAACACUUUAUCUCAUCGAAGUUUGAUUCUAUUCAGGCUGGAUUAUCAGAUGACCUCUCAGAGGAUCCACUUGACAAUGUCGAACUUCUUCAAGAUCAGCUUGAGUGCAUUCCCUACCUUUGCAGAUUUCAGUAUGAGACAUGUAGCACCUAUAUAAUGCAGAUUACCGAUCCUGUAUUGCAGAUGUAUAUGGAAGCGGUGAAUCUACCAGCCCUUGCAGAUAAUAAGGAGCUUCUUGUCAUUGAAGCCAAACUUGCUUGGAUAGUGCAUAUAAUUGCAGCUAUUCUCAAGACAAAACAGCUUAGUGGAUUGAGUACGGAAUCACAUGAAACACGUGAUGCAGAGCUUUCAGCACGUGUGUUACGCUUGAUAAAUGUCACUGACAGUGGACUACAUAGUCAGAGAUAUGGUGAAGUGACCAAGCAAAGACUUGAUCGUGCUAUCCUUGUCUUCUUUCAACAUUUUAGAAAGAGUUAUGUUGGAGAUCAGGCCAUGCAUUCUUCCAAGUUGUAUGCCCGACUAUCUGAGCUUCUUGGGCUUAAUGAUCAUCUGCUCGUAUUGAAUGUUAUUGUUAGAAAGAUUGCUACAAAUUUGAAGUGUUAUGCAGAGAGUGAAGACGUUAUCAAUCAUACUUUAAGUCUCUUUUUGGAAAUGGCUACUGGAUAUAUGACUGGGAAGCUGCUUUUGAAGUUGGACACAAUUCAGUAUAUAAUUUCACACCAUAAUAGGGAGCACUUCCAGUUUUUAGAGGACUUCAGGUGUUUCCGUUGCAGGACAACAUUCUAUUACACUAUUGGCGUGUUGAUCUUCAUGGAAGAUAACCUUAUGAAAUUUAAAGCUUCAAUGGGUCCUCUUUCACAAGUUUUUGUCAGUUUGGAAUCAACUCCUGAUGCAUUAUUUCGUACAGACACUGUUAAAUAUGCAUUAAUAGGAUUAAUGCGGGAUCUCAGAGGAAUUGCAAUGGCCACAAAUAGUCGCCGAACAUACGGUUUUCUUUUUGAUUGGAUAUAUCCAGCACGCAUGCCGCUUCUUCUGAAAGCAAUCACACAUUGGACUGAUACACCAGAGGUGACAACUCCACUAUUGAAGUUCAUGGCAGAGUUCGUACUGAACAAGUCCCAACGAUUGACUUUCGAUUCAUCAUCUCCUAAUGGCAUACUGCUUUUUCGAGAAGUCAGCAAAUUAACUGUUGCAUAUGGAUCAAGAAUAUUGUCUCUUCCUAAUUGUGCAGAUUUGUACACAUAUAAGUACAAGGGAAUAUGGAUUUUGUUGUCUAUCCUAUCAAGAGCGCUUUCUGGUAACUAUGUCAAUUUUGGUGUGUUUGAGCUCUAUGGUGAUAGGGCACUCUCAGAUGCUCUUGAUAUUGCACUGAAGCUGAUAUUAUCAAUUCCUUUGGUGGAUAUAAUGGCAUAUCGGAAGCUUGCAGGAGCCUACUUUGCCUUCCUGGAGGUUCUCCUGAAUAGCCAUAUUACUUUUGUUCUGAAUCUGGGCACAAGCACUUUUAGGUAUAUUGUAGGAUCUCUUGAAUCAGGCCUUAGAGGAUUAGAUGCAAAUAUCUUAUCACAGUGUGCUUCUGCUGUUGAUAAUUUGGCUACCUUUUAUUUCGAUCACAUCACAGUUGGAGAGUCGCCCACAACACCAGCUGCUCUUAAUCUUGCUCGGCAUGUUGCAGAUUGCCCUACUGUGUUUACUGAAAUACUGAAAACACUUUUUGAGAUAGUUCUAUUUGAGGACACUGGCAACCAGUGGAGUCUUAGCAGACCAAUGCUGAGUUUGAUACUUCUUAGUGAUGAGAUGUUCCAAAAUUUGAAAGCUCAGAUUUUGUCUUCACAACCGGUGGAUCAGCAGCAGCGGCUUUCAUCGUGUUUUGACCAACUCAUGGCUGAUGUGACUAGAAGCUUAGAAGCAAAGAAUAGGGAUAAGUUCACCCAGAACCUGACGAAAUUCAGGACGAGCUUUCGCGCCAGAUAAUUAUGCUCAGAUCUGCCUGGUGCAGCAGCAAGUGCUUCUAGUUCUGGUCCAUGUAUAUAAAGCUCCUUCCCCCUCCUACUCCAACCCAUCCAACUAGAGAAGGAUUGCGUAUGGAAAGGGUGCAUUUUGAUGGUGUUAUCUCUGCUUAUGGGAGGGAGGGCAUUGCAUGACAUUGUUGGGUUGGCUUUGCUGUGUUAUUAUGUGACAGUAGAGGAGGAAAGGGGAGAAGGGGAGAAAAUAGAAACUAGUUUUAUAGUGUUUUGUACAUUUGAAAAAAUUGUGGCUCUUUUCGCAAAUGUUGUUCUUGGCUUUGACCAAAUAUUGUAUUCUGAUAAACAAUUUGACAAAAAUCAUAAA